AUUCGUUGCCAGGUGGCCACACAGUUAACACAGUAAACAGCUGUUUAAGUUUUAACCAAGCCCAGAAGCUAAGGAUGUCAGUGCGUCACGACUGGUAUCAAUCGGAGAGCAAGGUGGUCAUAACAGUGCUGCUCAAGAAUGCAACCGAAAAGAAUUAUGAUGUGAAAAUUGAGGAGCAAAAAGUACACAUGACGGCAGAUGGCUAUGAGCUGCUGCUAAAUUUGUUCCAUCCGAUUGUGGUAGAGCGUUCCUCACACAAGGCUUAUCCAUCCAAAGUAGAAAUAACAUUGGCCAAAACCACAGGCGACCGCUGGGAGAAUCUUGAACAAAAGGCAGCUGCUCCAGUUGCAACUGUGCCGAAACAAAGAAAGAACUGGGAUCAAUUGGUCAGCGAGGAGGAGAAAAUUGAUGAGAAGGAGGCCAAGGAGGAGGCGGCACUUAAUCAGCUAUUCAAAAAGAUCUACAAUUCAUCCACGCCCGAGGUGCAGAAGGCCAUGAACAAAUCAUUCUCUGAAUCUGGUGGCACUGUGCUGAGCACCAACUGGAAUGAAGUGUCCAAAGAGAAAGUGUCCAUAAAGCCACCGGAAGGCACCGAGUUCCGUGAAUGGGACAAGUAAACAAAGAAACACACAUACUCAACAAACAAACAAGAAUUACAAAUUCAUGUUGCACACACUUAAAUGUAUUUAAAUAUAACAAAAACACAAACACACAUGCAAAAAUAAAUACACAAAGAAAAAAAAUAAAAUCGCAAAGUAUAUGUAAUUACAUUAACAUUUUAAAUACAAAAUUUCCUUUUUUGACAUGCUCACAA